AUGAAGGAUUUCCCCCAACAUUCCGAGUAUUCAAUACUGGACGUCACUGAACGUGAGAGCAAAGAAGGCGCAUGUGGAUAUUUUGCCUCCUCACUGGAAGUUCGAUCGUGCGGGGGGUUCUCCGCCACCUCGAUACAGGCAGCUGCGCUUGUGCCUUUUUCGAGUCGCGCUGCCCUCAGACACGACUCACUAAAGGAUCAAUUGCUGGUGUUCUGCCUUGGUUCAUGGUGCAUCGUGCGCACUAUCACACCAGAUGCAGCAGAAACUGAUGGUGGUGCAGAUUGCUUAAACGCAAAUGAUUGUACACAUUCCCACAUAGGGGAAAAUUCAGACCCAAGCGCCACGAACAAUCGAUCCACACUAUCUAAAGAAGGAUCUGCUUCUGUGAAGUCUCUAGCCUUUAGCAAGCUCCCUUCCCCGUACACCGAACGCAUUUUUACUAGACACACCGGUAAAGUCAACCUCUUGGUCUACUGCGACGCUCUUAGCCUCUGUUUGUCAGCUGAGCAGCAAAACUCUAGCAAAGAGCCAGGUUCCCUGCAUAUCUGUCGUUUAUGGUCUCCCCACACUCUCAAGGAAGUUGCUUUGGUCCAAGUACCCUCUCGGCAUGAUAUUACGUCGGCGCACUUCAGUCAUGAUGGAAACGUCUUGCUACUCCUUCUGGCAGACCCGCUGCACUCUUUCGUAGUUUAUGUACAUAUAGCUCCUACCAUACAGGGGCAUUUCUGUGACGACACACGGGGCGAAGCCUCUUCUGAUUUGCCGGUGCUACAUGCCGCACAAGUUAUACCGUGUAGCCGUUCCCUAUUAAACGGCUUGACCCUCGAGCCUGCGAAUUACACCUUUGGGCCCAGCAAGUAUAGACAGAGCCGCCGCAGCCAAUGCUUGUUUGAUACUGCUUCAUUUUCUUCCCGCGUCUUUCCUUGGAGAAACAAUGCUCUUUCUCAGAGUAGUUGCAGAAGCUUCAGCGGCUCAAAUUCCGUUCUUCGUUUUGCAACAUUUGGACAGGGCCACCUCCGCAUUUGGAGCUUUAACUGCGGACGUCCAGACCAGCCACCUUCCUACAGGAGUUUAUGUAUCGCCCGCGUCGGGGGACACAGCGGGCAGAAAGGACAGCCGGAGGCAACAGCAUGCGCAUUUCUGGCUUCUGGAGAUCUCAUUACGGCCCUUGCUGACCGUCGCAUUGUUUUGUUCCGAGGAAUGGUCCCUCUCCGUUCAGUUUCUUUGCCUUCGUGCUGCAGCAGGAUUCUGCUACUGAAGCCCCUCCAAAGAAGUUUGCUACUUCUCGUUGCCCAGGAAGGCCUUAUACAACUGCUCCCUCUCGCUGCCUUGACUUCCAAUCAAGCUCUUGGGCGAGCCCUCCCCAGACACAAUUCUAGCCCAAUAAAGGAAGCACAGGCACGGGGGCUAAAUACUUCACGGAGGCCUGUGGCCCCCACUGCAGUAUCUGCGCUAUCACAUGCCUAUCGAAGGCAGCCGGCGCAACUCCGUCCGGAGUCCGAACCGUGCUCUACAACUCCCAGGAAGGGAAGUAGGCGAUGGUCGUCAACAUCAAGGUAUGGUCGAGCAGCUCCUCCGUUUGCCACCGGUUCACUGCAUGCGCCAUCGCGAACCCCACGUAGCACCUACGGGGAUUCAGUUGGUAGGUGGAGUACUAAUAGCGCUAGGCAAAGCCGGUUACGCCCUAAUAGCGCAGCUAUCAGGCGUGGGACUGCAUGCCGCACUGCCAAAUUAUCUGCAGAGCGUUCACCCUCGGCUGUCAGCCGGGUGAGUACUCGCAGUAGCGUUUCCAGCAGUUUCCAACCGCAGGAGAGGCGACAGCAGAAACCUCAGGUCGGGCAAACACGCACUAAAAAAGCUUCAUCUGCAGUCCUGUCACUUAGAGUACUGCAUCCUAAGCGCUAUUUGACCACCCAGCAAGUUGCAACUCGUCACCUGGGAAAAGGAGAAGCAUCCACAGGGGAGGAGGUUUGGCUUCCGCUGCACAGCUCCCAAGUGGUUUCAAUAUAUUGGAAGGAGCCACUUCUGUUGCUAUGCACGAGGACCCAGAUGAUGAUCGUGGAUGCUUUGCACCUGUCAGAUGAGGCAACCGUAAUUCUGCAGGAACGGCCCCUCGGUCGUCUGGAUGUGGCAGCGUUCCUGCAUCGUUCCAGCUCAGGCGCUAGUGCUGCAGCCCCCCCCAUACCGCCAGCCAACAACACGCAAGAAGCAAUACCGUGCGUCGUCAUUUCGGGUGGCCGGUGCUGCAUUGGUGGCGAACUCCGUCUCUGGGAGCUGGGCUUGCGCAACCGGCCAACCCUUCCGCUCUACUUCAAGGCUCCGGUGACGGCAGUGGCGGCUGCAGCGACAAAGGGCGAGGUCGGAGGGGUCGCUGUCGUAGGCACAGAAGAGGGUCGGGUCGUGGUGCUCGCCCUGCAAUGGAAAAAUGCGGGAGUCCUCCAGCAACCAACUGUAGUUCUUGACCGUCAGAUAGUCCAGCGGCCCAUCUCUGCGUUGGGUAUCGACGCGACGAGCAGAGUUAUGGCAAUGGCGAGCACGGCAGGGCAUGUCACCUGUUUCCGCCUCAGUAUUCCUCUAGAUAAAGCCAAUGGGAUCCCAGCAAGCCGCUAUUUAGCCAGAGCCUUUAUGGGGAGCGGAACGGGCUUUAAGGAGGCUGCGACCCAAAGCAAAGCAGCCCUCUGCAUGAUGGAGCUAGAACCACUGACCACCUUGAAUUUGCCGUCCUCCACUUUACCACGGCUUCUCGAGUUUGGCCAUUCCUCUGUAUAUAAAGGCCACCUUCUGGUAGUAGGAUCUAAUGCCACUCCAAGCGUCUUCUCCAUUCCAGACGGCUGCCUUCUUGAUGCAUCAGUGCUGGACUCCUUUACCCCAUUGGCAAUACCAGUUCCCAUCGCCAUCGGUGUGGAAAGUACAUUACAUUCCGUCGAUGAUACCCUAGGAAAAGUGCUAGGACGCAUGUCUAUCAGAUCAAGUGUAAGCACAGUAUCUGGCUAUAGUACUUUGUAUACUGCACUACCUGCACCGCUCCUACUGAGAGCCUGCCAGGGCAGCAGCAGACUGUGUUUCACGUACGAGCCUAAACAACAUAGGAUCUUUGGGAUUCGUGCACGAUGCUUGUGGGCGCGUAAGCGUGAAGCUUCCCAGCAGCUUAGCCAGGGCUCUACAGGGUUGGCGCGGUAUGAGAACUACCGAUUUGGACCUAGUACCCUUACUUGUACAGUAUCAAAUUCGAAACAAAAGCAUCCACAGGCUUCACGGUUCCUCAGAGGACCUGGACUGGCGAGCCUCUUUAGAGACCUUCGACAAUCUGCAGAACCCACGGCUACAUCUGAUUCACUGUCGAAUGUCGAAAACCACAACCACCAUGGAAAUGGCUGGGUUGGGGGAAUAUCGUGUGCUGCGUCCAUAGCAGACACGUCAGAAGCCGAAGUCAUUUCAUUCACCUCUCUAAUGCUACCGCAUGUUUCUGCACCAACGGUACUUUUCGGUUAUACUGCAGCAAGACAGCCUUUUACGGCCACCUUUCUGGGGAACGUCCAAGCACCUGAGACGUCAAUGGGACUCAUAUCUGUUGCAGCAGAGGGUUACGUCUUAGAGUGGGAAUACAGGGCGAUCCAGCAGCAACAGCAACUAUUCCAGAAUUCAACCGGCGGAAUAGAGCCUAAUGUUGUUAGCUUCCAACGGAAUGACCAUCUGCACAAAGACAACCAGUCAGCUUGGUCUAGCCCUAAUGAACCCGACGCCAGUAAACCGAAAGUCGUAUCGCCUUCAGAUCUUAUUCAGCAGGGCGACACGACCUCAGUGGGCAUCAGGGGGCGACAGGUGACACAAGUAGAUUGCGAUGCAUGGCCGUCUACUUUUACAACAGUUGGAAGGAAUACACCUAGCAAUAUCAUUGCAAAAGCAGAUGCAAUGCACGGAACAGCGUGUCCGCUGGGGGUCAACACGUCAACUGAUCGCGAUACUAGACAGGAGCGUGCGUAUGAUCAUACAUCACAAGGCACAAAACCCGUGAGAAUUCUGGCUGUCGCGAAUUGUAACGCACUAACAGUCAGUCUUGAUUUGCUUGGCCAUUCCAGAGUAUCGCGAGGGAAGAGACCGUCUCCACUUAUGCUGACCAUCACAAGCUUGAGCGUGAAAUAG